GCCCGGCGGAAGGUUCGACUCGCCGAAAUUGAAAAGUCGUUCGACAAAACGGCGGAGCAGCUGGCCCAAACGAGAAAGCUCUUCCAGAUGCUGCUGGAGGACGAGGAGACGGAGGCGACAGAGGAACCCACGAUUUCUUUGAACGAGGCUGCCAAGCAAGGCGACGUGGCGGCCCUCGCGCAGCACCGUCAGGCCGGGACCGACUUGAAUGCAAAAUUUGGGGACGACGGAUGGACCGCGGCGCACUUCGCAGCAGAAAACGGCCGUGUGGAGGCGCUGAAGUUCCUCCACGAGGCAGGCGCCAAUUUGAGUGCAACAAGCAGCGUGAGCCUCACGCCGGCCGCCCUGGCAGUCGCCUUAAGGGACACGAAGGCGCUGGAAGCACUGGCGGAGGCUGGAGCCGACCUAGAGACGGCGGAAAUUGUUUUUGGACGGACCCCGGCCCACGUCGCCGCUCGGAGGGGCCACGUGGAGGCGCUGCGCAUCCUCAUCAAAGCCGGUGUCGACCUCAACGCCACUUCCAAGUGGGGAGACACACCGGCCGACGAAGCCGCUAAGAAAAUGCAUCCAAAGGCUCUGAAGAUGAUCCUCGAGGCCGGAGGCAGACGCAACAAAGCCUGA